AUGGCUACUACCUUCACAUUCUUAUUUUCACUUUUGAGCCUCUUCUCUGUUUCAUUGUUGGGUGUUUCAGGGGAAUUUCCCCCACCAUGCAAACGCUAUGAAUGUCCCCGUUAUGAACUCGUAGCAUCAGCCAAUGACUUUGAAAUUCGACGCUAUGAAUCCAUUGUGUUGAUCUCAAAUUCCCCUGUUCAAGGCGAUUCUUUGGUAGGAGCUACAAGAACUGGCGUCGAAAGGCUAUUUAGUUAUAUUCAUGGUAAUAACAGCCGUAAGGAACAGAUUGAGAUGACUGCACCAGUGAUCACUGAAGUCGCAACUGGGAAUGUCUCCGCAUUUAGUGUGAGCUUCUAUCUGCCGAAAGCAAACCAAGAAAACCCACCUUCUGCAGAGGGUCUCAGAGUUGUAAGAUUGAAGAGUGUGUAUGCAGCAAUUAGACAGUUUGGGGGAUUUGUGACUGAUUCAAAUGUUGAGAAGGAAGUUGCAGCCUUAAGCGCUAGUCUUUCUGGCACUAAGUGGUCUUCUGCCAUUCAGAAAGGAGGUUAUGCCUUGGGACAAUAUAAUUCCCCUUUUAAAUUGAUUAAUAGGUUGAAUGAGAUAUGGUUCUUGCCUAAAGCUCAGCCAUAA